ACAAACACAUUUUCUACUCAUUAAUUAGUUCAUUAGUUCUCUGAGUUAAGGAAAGAGAUGACCACUCUUCGUUACAUCUCCACUUCACUGCAUAUUGGUUUUCUUGUACUCAUCCUUCAUUGCAUGGUUGGUUCUUGUCUGGAUCCAACUCAAGGGUUUACAGAACUUCCCUUUAACCACUCCUUUUAUUAUAUCCAAAAGCCAUAUGACUUGAAAGUCAGUGAUCGGUAUAGCUUUGAGGAUGGAAUCCAUAAGUUUUGGGUCUAUUCCACUGACAAGCCUUUGGCUAGAAGUAGUCCCACAAGGCCUCGUUCAGAGAUUAUUGUCAAUGGAUAUAAUUAUACUUCUGGUGUUUGGCAAUUCGAAGGACAAGCAUACGUACCAAAUGGAACAUCUGGUGUAUGUAUAUUCCAAGUGUUUGGAGCUAGCCCUAACGCCACAAUUACCACAACCCUAAUGCUCAGAGUCUACAAUGGCUCUCUAACAUAUUACACUGAUCCAGUUCUUACUCCUGAAAUUUACGACAGAUGGUUUCAAGUAAAUGUAAUUCAUGAUAUGGAUGCUUCAAAAACUAUGGCCUUCAUCGAUGGAGUCCUAUCAUAUGAAGGAGUUGGGCGUGGAGGAGCUUUCCAUUUCUUCAAAUUUGGAGUCUAUGCUCAAAAGAACGAUUCCAAUUACAUGGAGUCUCGUUGGAAAGGAAUCAGGAUUUUCAGAAAAUUUCCUGUUGCUCAGUCUCAAAAGAAGCUUCCCUGUCAUAAAAAAAAAAGAUUAGGAUAGGGAGGUUGUGCCAAAAAUAAAAAAAUAAAAUUUAGGUGGGGUUAAAAAAAAAACUCCAUAUUUAGAAGAAUGGCAGUAAUAUCAUCAAAUAUAUAUAAUAAAAAAUUAUAAUUUGCCACAAUA